AUAUUGAAGGACGAGGUCUUAUCUGACAACAGCGUGAUUAUCUGCAUGGUUUUAUUCUCUUCGUUUAUCGUUGUUGCUAUAAAGGCAAAGCGAAACGUCCUUACAGUAGUAGUAUUACUCCUGCGUGGCCGGCUCGACUAAGUGUCCCUAGUUUCCGUUUAGAGGAGACCGAACUUUCUCGAUCUUUCUACGUUCACAGAGAACUUUCGUCAGCGGUUCCUGCACUGAAUUAAGGCUGUCUUAUCUCACUACAGGAUGUCCUACUACGAUGCAGAAAUGGGAGGGCUUGGCAGUGCCUAUAGUGGAGCAUCCCCCUUCUCGGAAAAAGCGGUCCGCCAUGGGUUCAUCCGCAAGGUGUACGGAAUCCUCAUGGUGCAGCUGGGCAUCACAGGAGCAUUCAUUGCACUCUUUAUAUUUGAGCCAAACGUGCAAUUAUAUUCACGACAGCACCCAGCACUCUACAUAUCUGCCAUGGUCAUAACAUUUGUACUCAUGAUUGUGCUUGCCUGCUGUGAUACUGUUCGUCGUGCAUUCCCUAUCAACUUGAUUCUGCUCCUGUUAUUUACUGUUUGUGAAGGUGUUCUGCUUGGCACAGUCUCAAGUUUCUACGAAGUGAAAGAAGUGAUGAUUGCAGUGGGAAUCUGCACUGUUGUAUGCCUCGGGCUGACCCUGUUUGCUUUCCAAACAAAGUGGGACUUCACUGCAAUGUCUGGCAUCCUGUUCGUCUGCGCCUUGGUUUUCAUGUGCUUCGGCUUUGCUCUGAUCUUCAUCAAAGGAGAUAUUGUGCGCCUGGUUUAUGCAUGCAUUGGAGCCCUCCUCUUUUCUGUGUAUCUAGUGUUUGACACUCAAAUGAUGCUUGGUGGCAACCACAAGUACUCUGUGUCGCCGGAGGAGUACAUCUUUGCAGCACUGAGCCUCUACGUGGACGUCAUCAACCUCUUCCUCAUGAUCCUGCAAAUUGUUGGUUACGCCAGCAGAGACUGAACCUAUGUACCUUGUCUUCGACACGCAGCUUAUGGUUGGGGGGCGGCACAAGUUCUCCAUCACGCCCGAGGAGUACAUCUUUGCAGCCCUGACACUCUACAUGGACGUCAUCACGCUCUUCCUCUACAUCCUGGAAAUUGUGAGCCGUGUCAGCGGCGACAGGCGCGGUUCAUCCAGCUACGUCUGACAUCAUAUUUGUUGUCUCCUGCCUUGUCGGCUUUCUCCUUUACAUUCCUGUGCCGAGCAAGUGGCUAUGACAUUUGAUGAUGCAAAACUGAGCACAACAAUGUCUUUUUUUUUUUUUUUUUUUUGUUACAUUCACGAGAAAGUACCACCUUUUUCUUUCUUUUGCCUUAUUUGUCUUUUCAGCUGUUAACCAUCUCUUCUUUGUCCUGCUACCUACAUGUACGUGUUCAGGUGGAAUGAUGUGCGGAGCAGAGAUUCAAUAUUUAACAGCACAGUGUCCCAGAUUGAGCCUGCGAGUGGAAUGCAGACCUGGCCUUUUUCUUGAACAAUUAAAGCCUGUGUUUGAAAGCUGAGCCUAUUGAUGGUGCAGAAGCAGGGCGAACAUUAACUCAAGAAUAACUGUAGUCCUACUGUUGCCAUCAUUGAUUCCUAAACCAGCAAGCUGUGUUGAAUAAGUCUUUAGGCACUUUUAUGUCAUAUUUUGUAGCGCUUCUUAUUGGUUAUAGCUUGUUCUGGUAGGCCUACCCAUGGUGUUGCACGGCAGAAAGAAAAUGUGGACCUCUUUUCACAGCUGUUUUAUUUAAGGCGAAGCUGUUUAUUUAAGGUGAAGUGCUAAUGUAUGCCAAGAUGUCCACAGUGUUGUUGGUCUCGUGGUCUUGUCACCGUUCCAUAACAGUUUUUAGGAUUCAAGCCGUUUGGCUUGUUCAUUGCUGAUCUGUUAUGCUGUUUCAUUGCAACCAUAUGCAUAGCUUUCUUUAUGCAGCGCCUAAUAUUAUAAUGUCCAUGUUUAAACUUGGUCCUCUUUUUUGCACUGCGCUAAUGUGGCUUGUAAACAGCAAGUUUGCUUGAAAUUUCUGCCGAAGGUUUAGUUCCUGAUUAUCUCAGAUGUGUACAUUGUGAUAGCUGAAACUUCUUGUGGAUAAAGUAAGUAUGUAAUAAUACGAACUGUUCUACCUCUCGUGCGGAAAGGCUUGUAGUUUUCAACUGCACUAAUAGUUGGCAAAAUACAGCCAUUCUGUUUCCGCAUGUCAUGUUUGCCGUCUGACGUUAAUUAUACUGUACUGCUAACUGAACUACAGGGCAGAUAAACGUCACCGUAUAAGCAGAAUGCCACUGCUGUAAUAGUAAUAAAGGGACACUAAGGAGAAUUGGGCCAAAUCUGUGAAGUACAUUUUGUGAAAUGCAGACUAUUCAUUCUUAGUGAAAGCUCAGGCACCUGAAAAAGACUCAAAAAUGAAAUGGGAAUGGCAGUGCCACAUUGAAAGUCCCACAUCAGCUAUGUGACAUUAUAAGCUUUGACAGCAUCUGCUUACACCUCAUUGUUGUUAAAAAAAAGGAAUUACAUUGCAUUUGGGAACAUACUCAAGCUGACGUCUGCAUUAAAAGGGUUUCAAUGUGAAGAAAAAGAAAAAAGAAAACACAAUGCUACAUCUGUGACACUGCAAUGAUUUCAUCAUCUUCCUGACUUGGGCGCAAAGUUUUUAAUAAGGAAAGUUUGGCCUCCAUUUCCCCUGGUUAUAAUAAUUUUUUUUUUGGCCCAAUAAACGCUGAUAGAGUUUUGAAUGAGUAAUCCAUCUGUCUAAACUAUUUUACAAAUUCUCUUAAGUGUUCGUUUAAGUGAAAUGUCAUAUCACAUGCUUGGCAAGUCAAUUUGUUAACCUACGAUCUUUCUCGGAUCCACACCCGAGGUUGCGGCAGCGUACUCCGUGGUGUCACCUUUGGUGUUGGCAUAUCUGAGCCAUUGGCUUGUUGUGUGAAACCUGCUAAGCAUAUCGAUCAAACAUGAUGGCUUUGUAAAGUGUGUUAGAAAAGCUGCCGACAGCUACUCAGCUCUUUUUGUAUAGCGAGAUAAACGUUUUUAUUGUACUAUAUUGCUUGGUUCUUUACUGAACACUACCAGCAAUCGGGGAAAUGAUAUCAGAAUGCUUUAAAACCGGUUUGAAGUUGGUAGAUAUUUAUACAAGGUGCUUUCUGUAGCACCAGGUCAGCAAUAAGCAUAAUGUUGCAACUUUUCAUUGUUCGUGUUUACUAUUUCAAUGCUGUAAUUUUGAAAGCUUCAUGUUUAAUCUUUGCGGCAAUUAUAUUCUCUAUUUAAAUGGUAAACCUUUGAGCUUUAUGUAGAUGUAAGUCGUUUGCUAAAUUUGUCUCAUACAUUCCUUUGAGUGUCUAUGCUUUUUUUUUCCAUACCUAAGCACAGUCUUUGGCAGAAGUUUAGCAUGUUCAGUUUCUGUUCUUGUUUCUCUGCCUACCUGCAGAAGGAAGUGGCCUACGCAGAGGUGUUCUGUAUUUAGCUUGCACUUUUGUUUAUUCGAGGUAAGGCUAGUUCACAAGUUACUGAGGCUAAUUGUCUAGUCACCCAUUUCUCUAUGCAUGCCUGGUGACCUUGUAUAGUAAUAUUGGAGGUGCCACAAGAUGACUGUUUACCAGAUCCGUGAGAGUAAUGCAUUUCUUUUGUGCCGAUGUUGAAAACGAGCUCCUAGCCGUUUCUUACAAGGUUUGCACUUUAUUGCACCAUGCCCAAGCAACAGGAAAUUUGUGUUACGCGUGAGAUCUUGUGCAUACACCUACUACUUACUUGGUGCUUGUUGAUCUCUCCUGACAAGCGUUGAACAGACAGCUGUGUGAUAUAGCCAGGUUGCUUCGCUCUGUUGGGCUGUGAAGCUUACACGUAGGUCAAUCUAGCCCAGAUCGCAUUCACAUUAUUUCAUGGUCCCAUGUUGUCCCAUGUACAUAACUUUUUCCUGGAUGUAGUGUAUACGCACCUCUUUGUGCUGGCAGCUGGUAGAUCAACACAGUCACUUGCAACUAACUGUUUGUGAUCGCAGCUCCAUUGUACACAGCUGUAGCUCAGUCGGUGUAUCGUGUUGCUGGCAAAUAAAAAUUCUACUUUAACUGUU